UUUAAAUCACACUUCCUUUCCCACUGGCCUGCUCACCCACGGCUGAAGAACUAUCCCCUUUCUUCGAUCUCCUUCCUCCAGAGACUCACCCACAACGGAACAAUUACGUAGCUCAGGUCACGCAACAAAGCUCAGGCUUUAAGGUUCAAUUGUUUUUCCCAUUUCGCCCAUCUCCUUUUCCCUUUAACAUUUGUGAACAGUUAGGGUAUUUCUUUGGUCUGCAAUUUUUUUGCCCAUUGAUGAGAAUCGAGAUUGUGUUUGUUGGUCUGUGAUGACAUCUUGAUGAAGAAUAAAUAGAUGAGAAUGAUUUUUUUAUCAAGUUUUUAGUUUGCUGGUCUGGGUGAUACUGGCACAAGGAUUUUUUUAUUUUAUUUUUUUAUGCUCACGGGUUUUGCUUGGAGAACUGGAUUUUUUCUGAGCCAGUCAGUGUUUCGAGAACUUGAGUGUUCGAAGUGAAUUCUGGUUGAUUGAUUUUGCUUGGUUUUGUCGAGUUGGGUCUUUUGGAUUUGUUGAUUCUUGCUGCAAUGAAAGAUCUGGCUUUUACCCCCAUUUUCAAGAUCACUUGAAGUCAAAUUUCUUUUAGAAUUUUCAUCAAAGGAGGGAUAGACACUACUUGGACGACAGUGGCCACUUUCCACGCCAGGCAAAUUUUCAGCUUUUGAAUUGGUUCUAUCAGCCAAAAAAAAAUCGGUAGGGCAAAACUCCAGCAUUACAGAGAUCGGAGAAAGGGUUUGAACUCAAUAGCGAAGAACAAGAACUACAAGGAAGAACACUUCUGUUUCAUGAAUCUGUUUUCUGAGAGAGAGAAACGCAAUUUAUUUACUGAAGCACUACUCGGAAAAGAAAGCCCCAUAUAGAAGGCAGGGAAAAAUUUUACAGAAGGAAAAGAAAAUGGCGCCAGUAUUGCAAAGCUCUCAGCAAUGGGUCGAAAAAUAUCGGCCAAAACAAGUGAAAGAUGUAGCACACCAGGAGGAGGUGGUUCGGGUCCUCACAAACACCCUCCAGACCAGCAAUUGCCCGCAUAUGCUCUUCUACGGCCCACCCGGCACAGGCAAGACCACCACCGCGCUAGCCAUCGCUCACCAGCUCUUUGGGCCUGAGCUCUACAAGUCUAGGGUGCUGGAGCUGAAUGCGAGUGAUGACCGUGGCAUCAACGUUGUUAGAACAAAGAUCAAAGAUUUUGCUGCCGUGGCUGUUGGUUCUGGUCAGCGUCAAGGAGGUUAUCCAUGUCCACCAUUCAAGAUCAUCAUUCUAGAUGAGGCAGAUUCAAUGACUGAAGAUGCUCAGAAUGCCCUGAGGCGUACUAUGGAAACCUACUCCAAAGUUACAAGAUUUUUUUUCAUCUGUAAUUACAUCAGCAGGAUCAUAGAACCACUUGCUUCAAGGUGUGCAAAGUUCAGGUUCAAACCACUUUCAGAAGAAAUCAUGAGCAGUCGAAUAUUGCAUAUUUGCAAAGAAGAACGCCUCAAUCUGGAUGCCGAGGCUCUUUCAACCUUGAGUUCUAUUUCACAAGGUGAUCUUCGUCGGGCUAUUACGUACUUACAGUCAGCUGUGCGAUUAUUUGGAUCAUCCAUUUCUUCGAAGGAUCUGAUUAGCGUGUCUGGGGUCAUUCCACAAGAGAUUGUCAAGGCAUUUCUUGUAACUUGUAAAAGUGGUAACUUUGAUGUGGCAAACAAGGAAGUCAAUGAUAUAAUUGCAGAGGGAUAUCCAGUCUCUCAGAUGCUUUACCAGUUACUUGAGGUGGUUGUUGAGGCAGAUGAUGUAUCAGAUGAACAGAAGGCCAGAAUUUGCAAGAAAUUGGCUGAAGCAGAUAAGUGUCUAGUUGAUGGUGCAGACGAGUACCUGCAGUUGCUGGAUGUAGCUAGCAAUACAAUGCGAGCUCUUUGUAACAUGCCACAAGAAUUUUCUUAUGAGUGUUAGGUAGGUUGGAACCCUGAUCUAGAUACAGUUUGUUGUCAUAUCAUGCAGAGAUAAGCAAAUUCAGCUUUGGAUGGAUGUUGAAUUUAUAAAACAGAUCAGUCUUUUUGCAGCCAGAUGUAUUAAUUUCUCCCCAUUCACAAAGAAAUAUGUAUUAUUUUAUCAUAACAUGUUCUUUCUAAAGGCAAGGAUUAUUAAAGAUCAAAUAGAAAUAAAGUAAGGCAGUCAAUUGGUUUGAGAUUAU